AACCGACACGACAUUUGAACGAUAUAAUCCGCACUCUUCCUGCACUCCUCUUUUUCCCUCCCAAAAACCAAAAUCCCUAAACCCUACCGGCCACAGCACCUCGCAAGCACUCGCAUCAUUCCGCAGGCCACGCCGGGCGAUUCGCCCCGCUACGGCUGCCUUGCUCCUCCAAUCCGCGAUCGGGGUACGUGAUCCAAGCGCGAUCUCGCGGGUCGGCGCGGAAUUGGGAGAGGAAUUCAAACGGUGUCGGAAGCGUGCGGUUCCCCGGAAGCUCCCAGAACGUUCGGGGCCUCCCUGCUCCGGUCCGUUAUCCGGCUACACAAGACGACCUAGGAUUUCUCAAGGGGUUGGCGCGGUGGAUUUGUUGGGCGCGCGCGCGAGCGGUUGGAAUGGGGGCGCCGCGCCACCUCCUUGACGUAGCGAUGCUCUGCGCCUUGUUCGUCUCCGCCGCGUCCUUCACCGACCCCCCUGAUGCGUUAGGACUUUUGGGGUUAUAUCACACAUUGGAGUCGCCGUGGCAACUUUCUGGUUGGACAUUCCAGGGCGGUGACCCAUGUGGUGAGGGUGGUGGGAGUAAACACUGGCGAGGCGUCUUUUGCAAGGGACCAUCCAUUGUUGCAAUAAAUAUUAGUGGGCUCGGAGUUGGUGGAUGGCUUGGCCCAGACCUGCUCAAGUUUCAGUCAUUGAAAAAGCUGGACAUGAGCUUCAAUAACAUUGCUGGCGAAAUCCCGUCCACUUUGCCCCCAAAUGUUGAAUACUUAAAUCUGGCAGCCAACAAGUUUGAAGGAAAUAUACCAUCAUCAUUACCCUGGUUGCGCUCCCUGAAAUAUUUGAACUUUAGCUACAAUAAACUCUCUGGAGUAAUUGGUGAUGUUUUUGUUAAUAUGGAUAGCUUAGAAACGAUGGAUCUGUCAUUCAAUGCUUUCAAUAGUGACCUACCAAGAUCGUUUAGCUCAUUGACUAGUCUUCGCUAUCUUUAUCUACAGCAUAACGAGUUCACAGGAUCUGUGAUUUUGUUAGCAGGCCUUCCAUUGUCAUCCCUCAAUAUUGAAAAUAAUCACUUCAGUGGCUAUGUUCCUGGAACAUUUCAGUCCAUUCCUGAGCUGAGGAUUGAUGGAAACCAAUUUCAACCUGGAUUCAAACUUGCAUCCUCGUCAUUUACUAGGAAGACCCCUGCAGCUCCACCUCAAUCUUUGCCUCCACCUCCACUUCAAUCUCCAUCUCCAUCUCCAUCUCCACUAGCAGCUCAGCAGAAACCAAAGCGAAGGCCAAAAUCUCCAAAGCCUUCUUUUGGGUAUUCUUCUCUGCAAAAUAAUAGUCACCAUAGGAAGUCACACUCUCGAGUGACAGCUGCUGCAAUGGCUAGUGCCACAUGUACAGUAUUUGUACUCCUCGUUGUUGGAUUGGUUCUGAGAAGUCGAAAAAGCUGUUCAUGCAGCCCCAAGAGCACCUCUAACCAUGCCAAGACUUUACCAGCCAAUAUGGAAACAGUCCCUACAGCGAAUGAGGUCUUGUACUCUUGGAGUUCUCUAUUGAUUGGCAGUGAUACUUCCUCUAGUAAUGGCAUUACAUCUGAAAGAGUUCCCAAAAUAAAAAGUUGGUUCAAGGCAUCUAAAAAACUUCUAACUGCAAAACAGUUUCCAGCUGCAGACAUUCUAGCGGCUACCAAGGACUUCAAUGAAGAAUGUUUUAUUGGUGAAGGUCUCACUGGUCGAGUUUACAGAGGUGAAUUUUCUGAUGGCCAGCUCCUUGCUAUCAAGAGGAUUGACAUGGUAGAUCUGUCAUUGUCAGAACAAGAUGAAUUAAUGGACAUGCUUUGGAAUGUCUCCAGAUUAAAACACCCCAAUAUCAGUGCGCUCGUGGGAUAUUGUGUGGAGUUUGAACAUUGUGCACUUCUAUAUGAAUAUGCAGAAAAUGGCUCUCUUGAUGAUAUUUUGUUUGCACCAGCCACAAGAUCCAUGGCUUUGUCAUGGAAAGCUCGGAUGAAGAUUGCUCUUGGAGUUGCCUAUGCUCUGGAAUACAUGCACUUGACAUAUUCCCCUCCAGUUGCCCAUGGAAACAUUAAAGCUAGAAAUAUUUUGCUUGAUGCUCAGCUCAUGCCCUACCUCUGUGACUGUGGGUUAGCCAAGUUAAGCCAUUUUGUUAGCACCACGAGAAUGAAGGAUUCAGAAGCUAUCAUCAGUGCUAAAGGCUAUGCUGCCCCUGAGCUUAGUGAUCCUGGAGCAAAUGACAUCAAAGCUGAUAUUUACAGUUUUGGUGUUAUUUUGCUUGUGCUUUUGACUGGGCAAAAGGCUUUUGACAGUUCAAGAAGGCAAAGUGAUCAGUUUCUAGUAGAUUGGGCAGCUCCUCAUCUUGAUGAUCUUGAUUCAUUGGAAAGAAUUACUGAUCCAAGAAUAAGUGGCUCUAUGCCACCUAAAGCUAUCUCUUCAUUAGGCAUUAUCAUCUUGCUUUGCGUCAAGCAAUCACCAGAUCUCCGCCCGCCCAUGACAAUCAUAACGGACAAAUUAGUAAAGCUUGUCGAAUCAACAGGUCUUCAAAAGAUUAGCACAACACGCCACUUGGAGAUUGAUGCUCAGGAUCCCUCUUUCAUAACAACUCGACCUUAUUUUGAGCCGUCCUCUACUGUCAGUCAGGGUGGAACUGAGAGCUGCAUCUCACGGUGAUGAAUGCCCGUUCUUCCUCUAUUCUUCUGGGUCUUAUGCUGCCUUAUAUAGUCGAUGGCACUCCAAGUAUCUCGAGUUCUCAACCGUCGUCGCACCUCUUUCUGCAUUUCUUAUCAUGCCAAUUGGUGAUGGUCAAAGCUGCUGUGAUGCAACGCUCUGACUACCAUGGACGACUGGAAUACAGGUAGACACCGCCAUUGUUAUCAACGGAGAAAGGACUAGAACAAACCCCGCCAUCCUGUCCUGGAGAAACUGGUUCAAUCUUGGUUAGCGGUUACCCGUACAGUUACUACUACUUACGGGAGUUCUUUGCCCGUCUAUUUGGGACAAGAGUAACCUGAGCUCGCGUGGGGAUGAUAUUUUGGAUGCUCUUUUCUGGUUUGUUCAUAUACGCAGCAAGCAAGCCUUAUUAGGUGCGUGUCUCAUGGCCCUUCACGUAUUCCAACCAUAGUUAUACAUAUAGCACUUAAACCCUCACCAACCUUAGUUACACAUUUAACACUUAAACCCUUCACUAGCUCGCUAUUAGUCCAGACAUGACACUGGUAUGCCCUGGUAUGAUGGGAGGUUUAAGUACGUACGACUUUGGUUGGAUGAUUGGAUCAUGAUUUAAAAUCCAGGAGGCUCACAUACUUGCACCUAAGAUUUGCUUGUGUAACCGUCGUUACCUUGAGACAAUGGCUUUUAGAUUGUGAUCCAAUCGUAGUUGCUAAUUUUAGCAUUUAAACCCCCACCAUACCAGUGCGUACCAGUGACAUGUCUGGACUAUUAGUGACCUAAGGGGGGAGGGGGGUAAAUGCUAAAUGUGUCGUUUGCACACUCACCUAUGUCUUACUUGCACAACAGUCAUUGCCCCAUCUCACUUCCUGUAGUUUGUUUUUUUUGGAUAAGGAAGAUUUUUAUUGCAUUUCCUUAUCAAAAAACAAACAAACUAUAGGACAAUGAAUACUUUUGAAAUAACGAACAUCUCUAGACCUAUGUAAUAACAAGAUGCACACAACCGAGGAAAGCAAGUAAAAAGAAAAAAAGAAACAUGACAUGCAUACUUUUAAUACUCUCAAUCGUAUGACUAGAUUGCCACCCAUGUGCUUGGGAUAAGAAUGUCAUGGCCAUUUGCUUCAAAUGCUUUAAAGCCUCCAUCACCAUAGAAUGUUGUUCGUGUCUCUACAACUUGAUCCAAGAUUGUAACUAGUGGGUAGUAGUGAAAAUAACAUGCGGAGGAGUCACAAAGUUUUUUUUUGAAAAAUCAGAUUGUUUGUACUAGGCCACAGAGACUGACAGAUGGUUGCUACUUCUAGUAGGGAUAUUUUUAAUUUUUUUGUCAAAGUGUUAAAGCGAAUUCUCGAACAUAUUUGAGGUGGAUGUUGGUUUUGGGAUUUUGAACGCCCAAAACAUGUUCUAAACCAGAUGAGCAAAAUGGCAUUCAAAAAAAUAUGUAAUGUAUCGUUUUGUUGUCUUGAUAGAAAAUACAUGCUUUACUUUCCUUCCAA